AUGCAACCGGCGGGCGCGCCGCGAACGCCGGGUUCUCCAACACGCUCUUCAUGUCAUGAACGUGAUCGGGAGCGCGAACGGGAACGCGAGCAGGAGCGAGAUCGCGAGCGAGAUCGCGGCGGAAGGCAGAGUCGGACGAGUCCUGUGGAGGAUCGGGAGGAUCGCGAAGAGCGGGGUUCGAUCGCGAGGCAGAGUCUCGGGCCUCCUGCCGCGAUCUCGGGGAGUCAAGGAUUGCCGUUGUCUUUGUCGCUGGAAGACCGGGAGCUCUGGACCAGAUUCCAGUGCAUCACGAACGAGAUGAUCGUCACGAAAAAUGGAAGGAGGAUGUUUCCCGUAGUGAAGAUCGUUGCACGUGGUUUGGAACCGGCGGCUAUGUAUACUCUGCUACUGGAAUUCAUGCAAGUCGAUCCUCACAGGUGGAAAUAUGUCAACGGUGAAUGGGUACCAGGUGGAAAAGCGGAAGUGGCCCCGCCUAAUCCGAUUUACAUACAUCCGGAGAGUCCGAAUUUCGGAGCCCAUUGGAUGAAGGAGGCGGUAUCAUUCGCUAAGGUCAAAUUAACGAAUAAGUCGAACGGUAAUGGGCAGAUUAUGCUGAACUCGUUACACAAGUACGAGCCACGUGUUCAUUUAGUCCGAGUGGGUGCCGAAGAACAGAGAACGGUUCUCACAUAUCGUUUUCCCGAAACGCAAUUCAUCGCGGUGACAGCGUAUCAGAACGAGGAAGUAACGAGCCUGAAGAUCAAAUAUAACCCAUUCGCAAAGGCGUUCCUCGAUGCCAAAGAGAGGCCCGCCGAUUCGCAGACUUAUCCGCAAUAUGCAAGCGCAUUGUUUUUACCGCAACCUACAAUGGGAUACGAAUACAAUACUGCAUCGGCGAUAGCCGCCGCGCAAAAUCAAGUAUCGGCUUGUGUUAGCAAUCACUUUUCUAAUUCGUGCCCCGUCACCACGUCUGGGCAUAGAAGCACCUGCAGAGCAGCGCCUUACACCUUGAGGCACAAAUAUGUUCAAGAUGAACAGCAUGCGGACGCGUACGCACCGAUGCCGCUUUUGCAUUCCACGGCUUACGUGACGGCUCCGGCCUGGUCGCCGCGGAGUCCGGAAUCGCUGCAGAAUCUCAACUCCGCGUGCUUACCGCCCGCCGCGUCGCAGGAGUGGCCGACGUCGCCGUCGUCGUCGCCAACGUCGUCGCACCCGGUCCUCGGUAGAACGGUGGUCGGUACCGUCUCCACCACCACCGUAACCGGUUGCACUCUGUACGUGCCGUCGAACUUACCGUCUCAAGAGCAGCACGGCGGACAAUGCACUGACUCGUCCUGGAUACAUUCCAGCACGCUGGAACAACAGCAGCAGCAACAGCAGCAGCAGCAGCAGCAGCAGCAGCAAUCUUAUUUGAAUUUAAAUCUCCACUUGCAUCAUCAGUCUCCAUACGGUUCUGUUUCACACGUCGGGUUACAUCAUACGGGUUUGCAUCCGCAAAGUGGCGAGCCCGUUCCUCCGGCGGACGAAUACGUUCACGAGUAUCAUCACGCCUCGCCGGUACAAUCGACCACUCCCGAUCAGCAUCGUCAUCAGCAGCAGCAUCAUUCCCAAACGCAGAUGUUGCACUUGCAGGCACUGCCGCAAACAGAAACGUCUUCGCCGGUCAGCGUAGAGUACGACAGUCCACCUAAGGAGCAUCCCCACAUCCAGAUGGGCUACCCUGAACAAACCGCAGAUGCUCUGAACGAGGUGCAACCGGAUGACGAGAGACGAUACCUGACGACGGUCGUCGACCGCCAUCCUCAUCAUCAUCAUCCACAUCAUCAUCACAAUCAUCAUCGACAGGACACCGAGAUCGCCGGCGAGCAGCCGAACGCUUGGACACCGUUGACACCACCGCCGGCACCGCAAACCACCGCCAUUUGACUCGGAUUUAUACGCUGGGAACUAUGCAUAAGCAUUACGCAUACGCGAAAACGCACGUCCGAGCUCACUGUCGCGUGUAAAAUCGUUAACGCGAGGAACCCAGAUAACACAUAAAAGAAUUCAUUCGUAUAUUCAGUCGUAUGUAAAUUCUGAGUUCAUUUUCAGGUGCAAAAAGAAUUCUUUUUUAGAAUUUUUAGGAAAAGAAUUCUUUUUCUUUGCAUCUGAAAAUAAAUUUAGAACUAUGACAUAUGACAUAUAUAGAAUCUAUGACAUAUGACUGAGUUUUUUUUUAACUCUCUGUGUUAUCUGGGAAUAGCGUUACAGCGAUUGAUUUGAUGAUACGACAUCAGAUCGAUGCUAAAUAUAUUACAAAUAAGAACUAAAAUGAGAAAACGCCAACACGGUUAAAGCGGAUCUUGGUGCUUAAUAAUAUUUUUAUAUGUAAAUGUUGCAAUUUUCAGUUCAAGCAAGUUGCACGCUGAAUAAUCGAUCUUAAAACAUGUCGUUCUAAACUGAAUAAUACAUAACAUCACAAUUAAAUUGACAAAACAAUUUAACAAUUUAAUGUUAAUGAACAUCAUUUAAAUUCUGUAAAAUAACUGCAAGAAAUAUUACUUCAAUCAUUUGAACCUGGAUCUCCCUACUCUUCGAGCGGAUGUCUUAUCGUUCAACUAUCGAGGCAUGUAGUAAUAUAUUAAACGCGUCGAUUAAUCAAGAAAAUUUUUUCGCGCACGAUAGAUAUACUAAAAUGUGGAACUGUGUAACGAUCCGU